AUGUCAGAAGAGAACACAGAUAUGACUGCAGUUCCGGUAACGAAUCCGGUAAAGACUCAUGUCAAGGAUCCCAGAAGGGUGGAGUCGGGACGUAGGCUUGCUAGGAUCAGUAAGGAGGCAAAAGCCAGGAAGAAGGCACAACUCGAAGCUAUGAAGGAGGAGGAACAGAGCAUCCCGGAUGUAGAUGACAAAGGUGAUGGGUCAGCAGUCACUUUUGAGAGAGUCGACCUGGUGGUGGGUAUUGCCGUAGGGCUCGGAUCCCUUUACUUCAUGUGGUGUAGUCGUCAGAAGAAAAGCGAAAAUCUGGAGGAAAGUAAAUCCGUAGAAGAACCAGAACCCAUCCAGAGACCUAUUAUCGUUACACCGAAAAGUCCAGACCUGUUUGACUGA